ACCCACUUAAGAUGUAUGACAGUUCAUGGGGAAUAUGAUGGGAUGAUCUCAGAUCAUGUGCAUAGCUUUUUUUUCUUCUUUUUCUUGAGGUUGACUGAGACUAAAAUGGAAGGCAAAAAUGGUGCAGUAACUGGCUUUGUGAUAUUCCUGUUCCUGGUUACGCUGGCUCUUCUGUACAGUUUGUUCUCUGUACCAAGAGUGCAAAUCAUAAUAUUUCAAACUAGUAAUCAGGAUCAGAGUUAUGUCAUGAGGCCUAAGGAAGCUCAGCCUCACAGAACAGUAGUUUUACAGAGUGUGAAAACUGAGAGAAAACAGACAAUGAAAACCAACAGUCAGUGUACAGUGACUGAUGAUGCCCAUAAAUUUGACUGUUAUCCUGAGGCUUAUGGCAUUGCUACACAAGCAAAAUGUGAAGCAAGAGGAUGUUGCUGGCAAGUUCCGCAUUCUGGUUCAUCCCAGCAUCAGAAAGGGAAGAAGGAAGACACCUCUAAGGGCGUACCAUUCUGUUACUACCCACAGGAUUUCCCAGGAUACAAAACAGGGUUAAAAACAAGUACACCAACAGGAUUUUCUGUGGCUUUAAAUAAAAACAGUACAGCCUACUAUGCAGAUGAUGUGAUGAAUUUGAUGAUGGAUGUCAGAUAUGAGACAGAAUACAGAUUGAGGAUCAGAAUAUAUGAUCCCAAAAAUAUGAGGUAUGAAGUUCCACUUAAAACACCGAUUGUGACAAAGGCAGCACCAACACAGAGGUAUUCAGUGGUUGUCUCUAACACAGGGGAUCCAUUUAACUUUGCUGUGGUGAGGAAAAUGUUGUCGCCAGCAGAAAGACCAGCUGUUUUAUUCAACACAUCCAAGGCGGCUCCUCUGAUAUUUGCGGAUCAGUAUAUCCAGUUAUCCACAUUUCUUCCAUCCAAGUUCCUGUAUGGACUCGGUGAACAUCGAGGUAGCUUGCUUCAGUCCAUGGAUUGGAGAAGACUGACAAUAUGGAAUAGAGAUCAAGCUCCACAUGAUCCUGAUACAGGGACCAACCUUUAUGGUCACCAUCCAUUUUACUUGAUGAUGGAAGAUGGAGGAAGAAGCCAUGGCUUUUUUCUUCUCAAUAGCAAUGCCAAAGAAGCCGUUCUUCAGUCAGCACCAGCCUUGACUUGGAGAACCAUUGGUGGUAUCGUAGACAUGUAUAUGUUUAUGGGGCCAAGUCCUGCAGAGGUUGUACAACAGUACACAGAGGUCAUAGGCCGUGCCUUCAUGCCACCAUAUUGGAGCCUGGGGUUCCAUCUAUGUAAAUAUGGCUAUGGUUCUGCUAAGGAAACAAUGGAUGUUGUGAAGAGAAUGCAGGAAGCCAAAAUACCUCAGGACACACAGUGGAAUGAUAUAGACUAUAUGGAUGCUUAUCGAGAUUUCACGUUUGACACAACAAAAUUUGGUGACCUGGCUGGAAUGGUGAACACACUACACAACAUGGGGAUGCACUAUGUCAUGAUUGUGGAUCCAGGAAUCAGCAAUAAGAAUUCACCCCCUUACCCGCCUUAUGAUGUUGGAACUCAGAUGGAUGUGUGGAUAAAGGACAGCACAGGAAAACCACUGAUCGGCAAGGUGUGGCCAGGAGAUGUAGUGUUCCCAGAUUUCACCAACCCAAAAACCACAGACUACUGGACACAGAUGACAAAGUCUUUUCACGACAAAGUCCAGUUUGAUGGGAUGUGGAUUGAUAUGAAUGAACUUUCCAAUUUCUAUGAUGGCUCUUUAUCGGGUUGCCCUGGAAACAAAUAUGACAAUCCUCCAUAUGUUCCAGCUGUCCUUGGUGAUCACCUGAAGGCAAAGACCAUUUGUGCCUCAGCUCAGCAGAAUGUGUCCUUGACCUAUAAUGUCCAUGACCUAUAUGGUUUAACAGAAACCAUGGCAACAUACCAGGCCCUAAAGACAGUGAGAGGAAAGCGUCCAUUUGUAAUUUCUCGCUCCACAUUCGCUGGCCAAGGUCACUAUGGAGGUCACUGGUCUGGGGACAAUUUUGCUCGCUAUGAUGAUAUGUACCUCUCCAUACCAGAGAUGCUGAAUAUGAAUAUGUUUGGCAUCUCCAUGAUUGGUGCUGACAUUUGUGGUUUCCAUGAUGACACUACGGAGCAACUGUGUCAAAGAUGGCAGCAGCUGGGAGCAUUCUAUCCAUUCUCCAGAAAUCACAAUGACCUUGGAAAAAAGGAUCAAGAUCCAGCAGUUUUUAGUGAGACCAUGAAGAACUCCAGCAGAACAGCCUUGACGAUUAGAUACGCGUUACUUCCCUAUCUGUAUACACUGUUCCAUAAGUCGAAUGCCAUGGGGAACACAGUGGUCAGGCCACUUUUCUUUGAAUUUCCACAAGACACCAACACAUACAGCAUCGAGGAUCAGUUUUUGUGGGGCUCAGAUUUAAUGAUCACUCCAGUAUUAACUCAGGACACAACAAAGUUAGAAACAUAUUUCCCUGCAUGCACUUGGUACGACUAUUACACUGGACAAAGAAUCCUGGGGAAGGGCACCAAAAUAAGCAUGGAUGCUCCCAUGGACAGGAUCAAUUUGUUUGUAAGAGGAGGAAGUAUUUUACCGAUGAAGGCAGCAGCCAUGACCACAACAGAAAGUCGUAAAAACAAUUUUCGUCUGCUUGUUGCUCUGAAUGAGACGGGAUAUGCGAAUGGAGGUCUGUUUUGGGAUGAUGGAGAAACAAUAGGUACACAUGAAAGUGGGAUUUUCAACAUGAUAAUGUUCAUGGCCAGUAAGAAUUCUGUCUCCUCUGGAGUAAUGAAGGCAGGCUUUACCGGGGAGAGUAUGAAGUUGGACCGUCUUCUUGUGUACGGUGUGGCGACAAAACCAAACAAAGUCACUGUCAAUGGUGGAGGCACCUCAUUUGAAUACAACUCACAAUUUAAGGCCCUGACUGUUACAGUACCGCUGGUUGAUCUUCUGAAGCCAUUCACUGUAAAGUGGAUCUAAUGGAGAAAAAAAUCGAGGGGUGGAUCCACUAAGUUUGCAACCUUAAGUAGUACUUUUUCUGUCUAAAGAAUUACUUUGAAAAAUUACCUUUUGGUUAGAAUUUUCCAACCAAAGGGAGGUUGCAACAUCCAUAAUAUUUCCUGCUCCUGUAGAUCCACCACUGAAAUAUUGGAUGGGGAGGCGGCUAGGCCUAGUGCUGUAGAUCAUACUGCUAACAUGUAGUCCAUUCCAUUAUGUUUACAUUUCCAAUGUUUUUGACUUUGACAUCUUUACAUAUUACAAUGAUAGCUAUUUUCUCAUAAAUGUGAUGUAGUUAUGAACAAUGCCUGGGCAUACCAAUCUUGAAAUAUAGUAUGCUUAUUUUAGGAAUAAUGACAGUGAUGAAAGUAGAAUGUAAACAUAAGAAAUAAAUUUCGCUGAUGCACUUCAUGAAGUAUGCUGGCUUAAAUUUGAAUUUUAUUUCUUAAUUAUCUAAAACAGAAACUUUGGACUUGGGAGUUAGCAGUCCACUUGUUUGUAAUUUAUAGAAGGUUGCUCAUGUUCUUCCCAAAUUUUGUACAUGUACGUCUAUUUUCAUAUUUUUUUGAAAAUGCAGACAAACUUGGUUUUUAGAUUCCUUUUUUUUUCCUGAAAUACUUUUCAUAUUCUUGAGGGAACUGUAGAAUUAUGACGUACAUGUUUACCUAGAGUGGGAUUAAAGUUUUGAGUAAUGUGUCUUGUUAUGUGUGUUUCUGUCUCUGGCCUUUGGAAGUGUGUGUUUUUGAGGUGCUUCCACCCACUCCUUGUAAUUUCUAAAUGCUAUUUCUGUAUGAUGAUGAGCAAUUGUUGGUUGCGUAGAUUUUGAGAGGAUCAAAUGCAGAGAAAGCUUAAAGUGCUUUUUGACAAUAUUACAAAAUGUUUGCUUUGAUGAAAAUAUUUGAACUAUGCAGAUGUUUCAGUGUUAUUUUUUUUUUAUACAUCUUAUUGUCACAAGAUGAGUGACAAAGUUUGAAUGUGCAUUUGUAUGUGUAACUGUAAUUCUUAUGUUACAAUAUGUUUUAAAAUGAUGGCAAUCUGAAUUGUCUGAAAUGCGAUUAAUUUUCAAUUUAUAUAUAAUGAUGCUGGUCAAUCUAUCCCAUAAUUCCUUUCCAUUCCAUUACCUCAAUUAUACUGCUAUGCAGAUUACCAAGUAGUCAACAAUUUCAGUGUUCACACCCCCACCCCCUCCCCCUCCUGUAUGGCCUAUCUCUGGCAUGUUCAGCUUUGAAUAAACAGUCUCACUUGUUUCAAAAGCUUUAAAAAAGCACAAAACUUGUACCUUUGUUUACAAUAAAAUAUUUGAAAUGAA